AUGGACAAUGAAGACGACUUACUUCUUGACGAUAGUCAGACUGCCCGAUUACGAGAGCUCUUGGACGCCGAAGACGAUAACGAAGAGGCUGUUGUGUUUUCUGAUGAUGACAAUCAACAUACUAAUAAGAUUAGCGAACAGAUGAUGGAUGAUGCAACUGAUGACGAAGAUUAUAUUGAGGAUGGAGAAGAAGCCGAUGAGGACAAUGACGAAGAAGAGGGUCCAGACGAUAACGACGCGUCUAAUGGAUAUACCUUUGGUUUUUCAGACGAGGAAGAUGCUGAGCUCAGUGAAUCUGACAUUGACGAGGAGUUUGAGUUCCGAAAUGCUUUGAGAGAAGCAUCGAACUUUAAGAUAAAGACGAAGAAGCAUAAGGGGAAGGAAGAAGAGAAGCAGGAUAAGAAGAAAAAGAAGAAGCAGAAAGGAGGUCUUGCUGCUCUAAGGAGAAAGAUUCGUAGAGAAAAUACGUCUCCUGAAGUGAAGGUCCUACUUGGGAAGGCCAACGAAUCGUUUGUUCAUAAUGAGUUGACUACCGCAUCAAAACUAUACCUUGAAGUUGUGAGGCAAGAUAAGAACAAUUUCAGUGCUUACAAGACAUUGGGAGAGAUCGCACGAUUGCAAGGUGAUUAUAAUCGAUGUUCCAAUUUCUGGCUCCUUGCUGCUCACAUUCAUGGCUGGGAUUACGAAUUCUGGAGGGAGUUGGCCGAAUUAUCGGUGGAAUUAGGACACCAAAGACAGGCAAUGUACUGUUAUACUAAAGCCAUAAGAGCCUCUCAUCAUAAGGAUUAUGAAUCGAUCUUUGCCAGAGCUUGCCUUUAUAGAGAAAAGAACAAGUUCAAGCGUGCCACUGACAGUUUGUUGAAGUUGAGAGUGAUACUACCGCACGAGCCGAAAAUUAUUCGUGAAUUGGCCAAAGUUUAUGUGGACGAGAAUCGCGCCAACGAUGCUAUCACCAUGUACAACAAGAUCCUUGAGGAAAACAUGACAUUUCGAAGAUUAGGCUUGAAGGGUGAGAAAGUCACUCUUAAAAAUAUUGAAUUUGAGUGGUCUGAACUCAACAUCCUAUCGGAAUUAUACAGCAGUAAAGGAGCUUGGUUGCUUGGUAUCAAAGCCUUGCGCCAGAUAUCUAGGUGGAUUCAACACAGAGAAGAUCAAGAGUUUUGGGACGAGCAUCCAGAAAUUGAUGUGGAGUUUGAUGAGCGGAGGUUUGACUAUCCGAAGUUUCAGAACUUCACCAUCAUAGAGAAAAAGAAAGAGUAUUCUUUACCUGUUGAUAUCCGGGUUCAGCUCGGAUUAUUUCGACUCAAUUCCAAGACUGAUACGGAGGCUUUGAAGCAAUUCAGCUUCUUGUUGGACCAACCAAUCGACGAUACUACGGAUUUGUUUUUGAAAGUAGGCACUGAAUUGGAAAGUUUUGGUCUCUAUAAGGAGGCUCUUGAGUUUUUAGUUCCUCUUUCUUAUAUUGAAGAUCAGAACACUCCAGAAUUGGUUCUAGCUAUUGCAAAAUGCAUGAGGGAGACUCACGACUUUGAAAAUGCCAAGGAAGCUUACAUGACACUCUUGGAGCAUAAUCCAAAUGACGUCGAAAUAAAGGUUGCACUAGCCGAAGUUUGCUUUUAUCUCAACGAUAUGGAAUCUACUGCUAGACUCUACAAAGAAGCUAAAGAGCAGAGGUUGAAAGAGAAAGCAUCAGCGCGAUCUAAUUUGCUGAAGCACGGAAGAAACAAUGACGAGGCUGAAGAGGAGGCAGAGUCAGAGGUCGCAACAGAAGAGGAAACCGAUGAUGAGAUUUUCAACAAGAGUCAUCAAGCAUUAAUUGCAGAUUUACCUCAAAAGAAGAGCAAAAAGAAGAAAAUUGAGGUGAGCGCAGGAGAGUUGAAGUCUAUGGAGGCGAAGUCAGAAACACGAAUCAAGAAGCAGUAUUCCAGAGCUUCAAGAAUCUUAGAGACUUUGGAACAACGAGCUUCACCGACGAUGAAUACCAAUUCAAAGGCCAUUGCGUCACUUUGGAUUGAACUUUCGUCUGAUCUUAUCGAAAUUUUCUCGAUGUACAAAUGCUUCUUCUCCUCUGAAAGAGCAAGAAGAUUCAAUAUUGGACUUCGAAAGAGAACUGCCAAGUUAAGUGUUGAUCACAAACUUUCCAGAAUGAGAUAUUUGCAAAACGAGAUCAUACUUUCCUCUGAGAUGGACCAACCAGAGCAAGCUUUAACGAGGUCUUCAUUUAAAGGGAUUGACUACGAACAGUGGUAUGAUCUUUUCAUGAAAUACUCAUUGAUGAUCGCACAGUACGAAAAGGACGUCGAUAGUGCGAUGACGAUUUUAGACAUCGCUAAGCAUAUUAACGUGUUCAAGGAGCAGGAGUUAACUACCACUCUUGUAGGACUGUCGGUAGGUCUACUUACUAAGGAUCGCGAUUUGGUCCAGAAUCAGGUUAGAACUCUUAUGAAUGAUUAUCAGUUUUGUCCUACGAUUCUCAAAGUAUUCUUGGCUUCUUAUGUACCGGAUGCAUGCAAUUCUUCACAUUAUGCAGAUCCUUCCACUCAGAAGUACAUACUUCGUCAGGUGAAAGCAUACGAUUCGCUGAAGGAGGGAAAAGAAGUGUCUGGAAUGGCUGCCAUCACGAACAAAAAUGUCGAUCUCACCAAGAAUCAUCCACUUUUGAACUACAUUUAUGCCUCCUUCCUUUAUUUCAACAAAUCCUAUUACUCAUCGCUGGCCUACUGCUUGAAGCUCUAUCACGACUUUGAUAAGGAUCCUUCUCUUCUCUUCUUACUUGCAUUGUCAAACUUGAACCGCUCCACCCAGAGGAAGACGCUCAAUACAAACUUCCAGAUUCUCCAGGGACUCACUUUUCUAUUUGAGUACGUGGAACUCAAAGAUUUUGACGAUCCUUACCAAAAAAUGGAGGCUCUAUACAACGUUGGAAGAGCCUUUCAUCAACUAGGAUUGGAUAACAUAGCCAUCAACUUUUACGAAAAAGUUUUGUCUAUACUGGUGGACGAGGAAGCUUAUGACUUGAAGAGGGAAACAGCUUACAACCUCUACAUAAUAUACAAUAUCCACCAGAAUUUUAGGCUUGCAGAGGAGAUUAUGAACAAAUACUUGGUGGUUUAA